CCCAGCCCCGCUCCACGCCUCACCGAAGCCGAAGGGAUGGCUCUGCCGGCUUCCCGAGAUGGGGCUCCUGCGGGCGAUCCCUGAUCUCGGCGCUGGAAGUGACGGGAGCGAGCUCCUGUCGGAAGUGCUGUUGGCCCUGCAAAGCCCCGAGCCAGCAAUGGGAAGAAGUUGGGCUGGGUGCUGGUGUUACUGGUCGUGUUACCCCAAGUAUCCAAGAACUCAGGAGUUUGAAGAAGAGAGCACAGGCCGUGCCCAUGAGCCUUCCCAGCACUCUCCUUUCCUCCCUUGGGCUCCUUUAGGAGCCAGAACUCCCCCCUCUCCGUGAAAGGCCCAAGCCUGCGCCCCAGUCUCUGGCCAACCUCUUCCAUGGCUGCAGUUGUGGAGCACCCCCGGGAGGCCGCGUAACUCACAAGGGGCUGAGCUGCUGCAGACCCUGCUUCCACUGCCUUGACUGAAGCAGGGCCCUGUUGGUGGUGGCCCCUGGAUUGUACUGUGGCUGAAAAGAGCACCCUGCACAAUCUUUGGGGAAAAGGCAAAACUGGACGUACAAGGAGAGCAGAGGGGAAGCUUGUGAUCCCAUCAACAUGACUGGGCAGCAAGGGAGGAAGCAGAGCAGGCAAAGGCACCCGCAGAACUCAGCCUAGUCCCUGCCUCUUUGCAGAAGACCCAAAAGUGGGGGGAAGAGAGAAAGAGUCUCCUGCCCACCCCCCAAGCUGGAACUGAAUAAACUCCUUGGCUUCAAAGCUCGUAGGGCGAAACCUCUGCCAGUCCUCCGGAGCGAAGAUGGUGAUGUCCCACGGCACCUACACCUUCCUCACCUGCUUUGCCGGCUUCUGGCUGAUCUGGGGGCUCAUUGUGUUGCUAUGUUGCUUCUGCAGCUACCUGCGGCGGCGCAUGAAGCGGCGGCAGGAGGAGCGGCUGCGAGAGCAGCACCUGCGCACCCUGGAGAUGGAGCCCCUCCAUUACGAGGGCUAUGGGGGCCCUGCCUAUGGGGGCUCCGGCUACGGGGGCGGGUACAUCAGGAACCCACCGGGCAUCGCGGUACCUCACCGACUCCGGAUCGAGCCCCAUCGCCCUCACCUCCCACCCCCGAGGCCGUGGAGCUGCAGGCAUGGUAAGGGCACCCGAAGGGGACUGAGCCCACUCCUGGUGCAGAAUACAGUCGCGUUUGGGAGGAGCGCUGCUUCUGCAGAACCAGAUCCAUCCAAGCCACCUUGCUACGAGGAAGCAGUGCUGAUGGCUGAGCCGCCGCCGCCUUACAGCGAAGUGCUGACGGACACGCGCGGCUUGUACCGCAAGAUCACCACCCCCUUCCUGAGCCACGAGCAGCCGGAGAAGCAGGAGCAGCCGCCCAGCUACAAGCCCCUCUUCCUGGACCGGGGCUACAGCUCAGCGCUCCACCUGCCCAGCACAGCCAGCCGGGGCCCCACCUGCACCAACCUCUACUUGGAGGCUGAGCACUCGCAGCGCAUCUUCCCCAGCUGGACAGACUCAGAAUUCAGCGCCAGAGACAGCUAUGAGCCGGGGCCCUGGCACCUGCCGGUCUCAAUGCCUUUGUUUGGCAGGACUACUGCAGUUUAGCACGCCAUGCCGCGCCCUGGGUGGGACUGUGGCUGCUGCUGCUGCUGCACACAAGCUGGAGGAUCCCGGCAGCCUGUUUGUUCCCUUGGUCUGCGGGAGCCACCCAGCCUCUCAGUCCGAGCCUUCCAGCCAUGUCUGGGCCAUGAGCCCUCGCAGUGCAAAUAUCUCUUCCCCCCCCCAGUUGCUCUUUGACCUCCUGGCCAGGGUGAGAUUGGGGCUGGUCUCCCCAUCUCGCCCACUUCCCUUUUUCUGGGCCCGCUACAGGCUCUGUUGGUGCUGACUGCAAGGGGGCCUUUGGGUUCGUUUCCUAUUUUUCGUUUGUUACAUUUUGAAAAUAAUAAAAGUUUGUGGAACCUGAUUUAUUACAAA